AUGUACCGCUGCUUACUCCAACGGCAUCUCAAGCGCAUAUUGGUAUGGUGCCGGGGCAUGUGUGCAGAUAAUCUUCUUCAGUAUGUUGGCACUCGAAAUCAAAAAAAAGGCACCCAACUGCCACACGUACCAGGAAGUGGUACGAACAAGAUACGGCGCACCUACACACAUUGUCUCUAUUGUGUACUCUGUAAUUCAGAUGGUGUGCUAUACCACCAACUUGUUGAUCAACGGAUCGUCAAUAUUUUCAGCCAUCACAGGCAUGAACAGAGACGCAGCUAUUGUGUUGUUUCCUAUUGGCGUUAUCAUCUACACUUUGAUGGGAGGCAUCAAGGCCACCUUUCCUUACCGACUGGACUCACACCGUCAUUUUAUACUGUCUUGUGCUUGCAUUUCUAUUCAACUGCUAUGCAACUCAGCGACAUCGUGGGCUCCCCUGGUGCCUUGUGGGAUCUUUUGGUGGAAGCUUCUGAAAGGCGGCCUAUCGCUGGGAAUGCUCUGGGGAGCUUGUUGACGUUCAACUCUGUCCAAGGCGGUCUCUUUGGCUUGGUUCUUUUUGGUGCUGGCUUUGCAGCAGCUUGCGACUCACAGCUUUUUCAAAAGGCCAUUGCUGCCGACCCCAAGUAUUUGGUAAGAGGGUACAUUUUGGGAGGGCUAGCGUGGUUCUCGUUGCCAUUCUGCUUGUCCACAACGAUGGGUUUGGCUGCUGCCGGCUUAGAAACACAUCCCAGCUUUCCCACAUUCCCAGACUUGAUGUCUGCCGAGGAAAUCGGCGCAGGCUUGGUGCUACCUUAUGCAGCACAGGCGUUGAUGGGCCGGUCUGGAGUGGCCAUGGUGUUGACCAUGAUUUUCAUGGCGGUUACUGCUGCAUUUUCUUCGGAAACGAUCGCCAUUUCCGCCAUGGUCACCCACGACGUCUAUAAGGCAUACGUCAACCCAGACGCCAAAGGUGGCCGCUUGGUCUUGGUGUCACAUGCGACGGUGAUAGCAUUCGGCAUUGUUACUGUCGCCUUGGGUAUUGGGCUUGCACAUGCUGGGUUCGACGUUUCGUUCAUCACCACUGCGUCGGGGAUCAUUGUUAACGUCAACAUCGUAGCCAUGGUGCUCACUUUGUACUGGAGGAAGAUGUCGGGGUUUGCAUACUCUGUGGGCACAGUGGUAUCUACCAUGAUCGCUUUAGCCGUGUGGAUGGCCUACACGGUAUCGCAGUCAGGAUAUAUAUCGUUGGCAACUCUUUCAACCAACGAAGCACUUGCCGCGGGAAACACCGUUGCCGUGGGCUGUCCGCUCAUCGUGAUUCCCAUUCUCGUCUUUUUGAAGCCCGCAGACUUUGCGUGGGAAACUUGGCUCUCCAUCAAGCAGGACGAUAACACUGAGUUCGACUAG